CUUCGUAGGAAAGCUCGAGGGAGGAGAAAAAAUAAUUAUAAAUUGACUCUCUCUCUCUCGUUUUUUGGCAUUGGCAAAAGGGCGGCCUUUUUGGGUUUGCCAAUAAUGAAUUGCAGAAUUGAUUCCCCAUUCUCAUUUGAUGUGGUAGAUGACCUAUUCCCUCUCCCUCCUCUUUCCUGCAUGGAUAUCCCUCUCCCUCAGCUGCCCUCCGUCGUCUCUCGCCCCGCCGCCGCCCUAAAGCCCAAAAACUGCCGCCGUCGAAAACCGCCACCCGUCUCCUCCGACCACAGCAACCCCAAUGAGCACAAAAAGAGAAAGAUCAUCCACAGAGACGUGGAGCGCCAAAGAAGGCAAGAAAUGUCCACUCUUUACGCCACUCUUCGCUCCCUCCUUCCCUUUGAAUAUCUCAAGGGAAAACGGUCGAUAUGCGAUCACAUGCACGAAACGGUGAAGUACAUACGGCAUAUGCAGAGGCAGGUUCAAGAGCUGUCCGACAAGAGAGAGGAGCUGAAGAAACUUUCCGGCGAGGAUUCCGACGCCGGCACGGCGGAGACACUGAGUGCCUCAAAAAGGGACUCCGUGGCGGUGAGGCCGAGAGGGGAAGGGGUCCAAGUCGUUUUGGAUACGGGCACCCAACACAGGCUGCCCGUUUCCAACAUUCUAGAAGCUUUACUCGCCGUAGGCCUCGAAAUCGUCGGCUGCAUUUCCACCAAAAUAAACGACAGGUUCCUUCACACCAUCGAAGCCGUGCCCGACGGUAGCCUCCGAAACAUCGACGUGUCGGAACUCCACCAUAAAUUGACCAACUUGGAAUAUUUUCCAUUGGAUUAAUUAGGGGUUUUUUUUUUAUUAUUUUUUUUUAAUAAUGGGAGAUGUGUUGUUGGAUUUUCUUGAAUCAUGAAUAAUGGCUGUCGAAUAAUUUGAGUACUAAUGUUUUUCUUUUUUUUUUCCUUUUUCUGUUUAUGUUUUGUACUAUUGAAUGCAAUGAAGUUAAUUAAGAUGAUGGAUCAAA